AUGCAAAAAUAAAUAGUACAGUGUCUUGUAGAAAUUAGCUAGCAAAUAUCAGUAUUUAUAUAAAUUAUUCUAGAAUGUUCAUUAAUCUGAAUCGAGGCUGUCUUUUAAAGUAAGUAUUUCUAUUUAAAUUUCCAAUAGCGAUAAUUACAUAAAUUUUUGGAAAAGCUUAAAUCAGGGGAUUCCUUAAAACAAUAUUAAAGUAUUCUGAUUCGUUAUUUACAUAAUGGUAAUUAUGUAUUAUUAUUACAAGCAAUAUCAAAUACCCUCAACCACAAAUUGACUGUUUAAUAGCAAAUUAUUACAAUUUUAAUAUAGUUUUUUGAAGUUGACCAACCUCAAGGUAUUAAAUAUCAGUAUUUUAGUUUGUGACUCAUAAACUCUAUGUGAGGUAAUAGUUGACUUCGUGAGGUUUCUCAUAAAAUAAGAAAUUUAGGAUGAAUAUUUAAAAAAAUAAUUUGCGAAUUUUAUCAAAAUUACUUUUUGGAAAAUAAAAAUAUUCAACAUUCCUAACAUGGAAAUAAAAGAUAUAGAAAUUUUCGAUUAGCAUUUCAACCUAAAUUUAAAAACUUCGAUUUUGUAAAUAUUUGUACACAUAUUUUAGUUCAAAUAAAAGUUUAUAAUAGUUAUUAAAAAAUUAUUUAUUGCAGAUUGAAGAGCUCUCCGAAUACCUUUUGGCUUUUUAAUAUCCAGAAGUUGUUCUAAUGGUUUUAGAUCUAAGUGCUUUAAAGUUUGAUAUUCCAAAAUUUAUAAACAAUGGAACACUUGAUUUUGAUUGCAAAAGCAAAUUGCAAAUCCUCCCUCAUGAACAAUAAAUUUAAUUAUUCCUUAAUCUCAAAGAAUUAGAUAAUGAAAAGUUAGACAUUGUCACACAAUUAAUAUUCUAGAAUUAGGUUUUGGAUAUUGCCUCUUAAAUCCCUAAGUUAAUAACAGUCAUAGUGAAUUCUUAAUAGAUUGAUUUUGACAGAGCAUUAAUUAUUUUGAAAAGAAUAUCAAAUAAUUAAAAAUUCAAUUUAAAUUAUGAGUAUUUAAGAGCAGUGUUAUUAUAAAGUAAAGAAAAACAAUUAAAUAACUUCAUCAUUGAUGCAAUAGUGACAUUUGAAUAAAACCCAGAGAAUAUAGUCAAGCAGGAAAUAUAAAAACACUCAAAUCCUCUUUCCAUCAUAUAUUUAUUAAUUUAAUUGAUUAAGUAGGAACACUUUGAGUAAUUAUUUGAGAAAUUAUUGAACAAAUCUAUAUCCCCAUAUUAAUAUGUGAUCUUACAUGUGAUAUUAAUCAUUUAGGAUAAAUCAAUAAUUCUAGAUCCCUUAUAGGAAUAAUGUCUAAGAUUUCAACUUAAUGAAAUUUGUUUAGUUCAGAUGUUUAGUUUAUAUUCAUUCUAAAAUUUGAACAUAAAGAGAAAAAUGAAAUUGCUAUCAUAAUUUCAAUAGUUGAUUGAAACUGAAUAGAAUAUGUCAUUUUAUGAUAUUUUAGUAAUUAUAGGACAGGAAACAACACAAUCACCCUAAAUUAAUCAAAGAAUAGGUUAAAUUCUAAAUAGAGAAUGGAACAAUAUAAGUAAUUUCUUGAAAUAAAUUGCUUACAACAAGCAAUCUCAAAUCAUUUAGGGGUUCUAUUAUAUUGUAAUGUAUUUCACAGAUUAAAAUGAGUCAGAAUUCUUAAGACUUUUUGAUAUUAUUCAUAAAUCAAUGUGUACUAGAAAUAAGGCUGUCAAUUAUAAUAUGUUACUCAAUUCAAUACAAUAAUAUGAACAAGGCAAACCUGAGACUGAAAUACAACUUUAUGUUAUGCUAUUAAAGAUCAAUUAUUUAUUAUAGGAUAAUUUCAUAAAUAGGAAAAAAAAUGGCGAAGAGAUUUCAGAGAGAUCAAGUGAAUUGGGAGACUUGAAUGAGGGAUAAGAGUAAGAAUAUUAUAAGUAAAUACAAGAACAUGGCAAAAAUUUGAUUGAAUAAUUAGAAAAACAAAUAAAACGUUAUGAAACAAUAUACUUAGGCAUGCAAAAGAAUUUAUAUUUAGCAGUUUAGAUAAGUAGACUGUUGCAAUUAAGCGAUGUUAAAAUCAAUAUUUAACAUUCUCUUAUGGUCAAUGAAAGAGUACAGAAUAUGCUUUUUGAAUAAAAUCUAAUUGAGAGUGACAUAAUUUGGGAUUCUUUGAAGAAAUUGCAGAAAGUUUAACUAGCAACAGCUAUAAUAUAGAUAUUUAAAAAUGAAAAAAAUAAUGUGAAGUUAAUAAAAAUGGUGGUGGUCGAAUUAAGUAAGUUAUGCAAAUAUCGAUAUUAUGCAUUACUAUGGAAAUAAUACGAUAUUUUGAGUAUCUAGUAAAAUGUUUAAUAAUAAAUAAGCAACAUAACUAAACUUUAGAUGGCGGUUCAUAAAUUUUAGUUAAUAUUACAAAUCGAAGAUAACUAUGAAUUUCUGAAGUUGGGAUAUUAACAAGUAUAAAAAAGUUAGUUUGAAUUAUUAGCUUUAUUGAUUGCAAUAAGUUUACAUUGUGGCAUUAGUAAUAAUUUUAUUGAUGGUAUGGGUGAAUAGAAUGAGAUGUGUAUAAAUAAGUUGAUAGUAGAAUUCAGUUGUGCUGGAUUAUUGUAAUUGGUAUUGACUCUUGUGAAACCUAUCAAGUAAUAGAAGAAGAAAAAGUAAUCAAUGGAAAUAGAGAAGAAAUUAGAGGAUUGUUUAAAUAACUAAUUGCAAGAUGCAAUUAAUUUAGUGUUGAUUGGAAUUCAAAAGAACCUAAACAAAAAUUAGGAUUUGAAGCAAGAGUUCAUUAAUUUGGCAACUAAUGUCUAUUAAUUUGGUUAAUCUGCAGAAUAUAGCUUGAUUUUUGAUUUAUUUGACAAGAUUCCUUAUCAAUUGAUAAUAAAUUGCUUAAAAUCAAUUUAAAAUUAGGAUAAGUUCUUUGAUUAAAAAUUGCAACAUAUCUUAGUACUAAUAAGUAAAUUUGAUAAGAUAUAACUAACUAAUGAAUUUUUUGAAUUGUCCUAUGAUAUAAUAAUCAAUAAUCAUCAAAUUACAUAGACAAUGAUCGAGUACUGUCUCUAGCUGAUCAGUAUUAUAAAGAUGAACGAGAAUGGACAAUCUUAAGUGUAAAGUAACAUUGAUGUUCAAUAACUGAAGGAAGUAUUAAUACCUGAGAAUUUUGUACCUACUGGUUGUACUAUAUAAAACAUUCAAUAACAAAUAUACACUUGUAUUUAGUGUUCGAAUAAUAAUAAGAAGAAUAUAUAAUGUUGUGCUAGUUGUGCCUUUAGUUGUCAUUAGAAUCAUCAAAUCCAAUAUGAAAAUAUGAUUGAAUCCAUGUGUGAAUGCAAUCAAACUAAAAAAUGCAAUUAAUAACGAUAAAAGCAAUAGAUUCAACCUUAAUUGAAUAGAAGACCUUUGUUUCCCCCUUAAACAACGGCCACAUCUGGAGUUUUGGUAGAAUAUUUAAGAAGAGAGAGGGAGAUCCGAGAAUAUAGGGAAUUCAAAGAUCUAGAAUUGCAUCCCCACAUAAAUAUAAGAGAAUAUACAGGUAGAAUUAAAGAUAACUUUUAAGAGUUUGAUUCAGAGGUGGAGUUAGAAGACUCUCUGUCUAGUUCAUAGAUUUAAUACCAUGAAGAAUCCAAUAAUGAUGUUGUUGAAAAGUAUGAAUCCAGUAGCAAUUCAAUUAUUGAAAUCGAGCCCAAUUAAUUUGAACCAAAAGAAGUCAAAAAUCAAAUGAGACCACAACAAGAUUCAAAGUUUUUUUCCAAACUUAAAAUUAAUUUCGAACUUUUAUUUGAUAAAUUAAUCUAAAUGUGCAAUUUUACUAUCCAGAAUUAUAAGAAUUUAGAAUCUAAUUAGUAAACUGAUGUUGAAGAACAAGAAUAUGAAUUAUAAUCAAAAACUGCUCAUAAUAUUCAAAAAAUAACUGCCUUAGUAUCAUCUGGCAAUAUAAUCUAACAUAAAACAGAAAAUAUUGAUGUCUUGAAUGAGUUAAGAACUCAAUAAGAACAAAUACAAUCAAAAUUAGGAAUUUAUUACGUAGCCUUCUAAAUAAGAAGAGUGAUUGAUGAAGGAGACAAUUUUAUUGCUGUUGUAGGUCAUAGCGAAAUGAAAAUUUUCAAUAAAGCCAAAUAUUUUUCACUCUUAGAAAAAAAAACAAGCGGAUUAUAAUUACCCUAUACUAAAAUAAGUUGUAGACCCCCUGUCUCCACAAUUCUAUUUAAUCCCUAUAACUAAAAAUAAAUCCUAGUGUCUGCCCUAUUGGAAAUUCAUCUUUUUGAACUAAAAUAAGAUGGCACCCUUUAAAGUGAUAAAACUGUAAUUUCUCGCUUCACCCAUCCAAUAAGCAAAACUCUUUGGAUUAAUUAAAACUCUUUUGCUUGGUUAGCAUACAAUUCUAUAUAUACAUUUAACAUUAAUACUCAGAAUUAGCAAUGUUAUAAUCUCAAUAUAGAGGAGAAGAAAAUCAAAGAUUUCUGUGUAAUAAACGGAACAAUCUUAUGUGUUGAUCUAUAAGGAGAUAUUUAUCAAUAGAAACUUGUUGAAGGACAAUCCAAAAUUCCAAUUUCUGAGAAGGUCAAUUUAGAUGAUCAGCUCAAAGGGAAGACCAGAGAUAAAAUUCCUUAAUGUUUAGCCAAGAUCAAUAACACUUCAAUUUUGCUUAUUUCAUACAAGAAUGGAGCCUCAUUCCUUUGUAAUUACCAAGACAAAGCAUUCAUAAACAUUGUAAGAUUGGAUGAACUACUAGUGUCUCAAUAAUUGGAUGGACUACUAGCAUCUCCUUAAUUUAUCAGUCAAAAUAAGAGUCAUCUAAAGUUUGCAGUCUUAGCAUAAAAAUAAAACUUAACUAAUUAAUAAGUAAAUUUUCAUAGUGGCAGAUUGCUUAUUAUUGAAAUCAAUAACAAAGGUAACGUUUAUGUUUAACAAAUUUUUGAUAAUUUUGUUGAAGGAUAUUGCCUAUUAAAGGAUUCAGAAUACAAUUUCUAUGCAUUAGCAGUAGCUGAUAAUAAAUAAUUGAUAUCUGCUUGUUUAAAUCUUAAAGAUAAUGCCACAUAACUUUGUGUAGAUAGAAAAAAUGAAAAUUAAGAUUAAUUGAUCAAUUAAUUGAAAGAGAGAUUUGAAUUAAAUUUACUAAAAUAGUCAUCCCAUCUAUUUAAUCCUUUACAAAAUUUCUGUUUGGCCCCUAGUGUAUUGGCAACUCCUUAAUAACUAUAAAUUGGGCCUACUAGUAUCACUGUCACUCAAGGAUAUGCAAUCACUGGUAUCAUUUUCAAUAAGCCCAAUGUUGAUCAAAUUGAAAUCUUUAAGUAUAGAACCAUAUAGAAAAGAAAUAACUUUAUUAUCAUCCCCUUGAAUUACAUAGAAUAAAUCUACACUUUAUUGACUCACACUAUUACAUUCACUUAAAAUAAUUACAUCAAUUUGCAAGUCUAUAUAUAGAAAAUGACAUUAUCAUAAGCUAUGAUGACAAAGCUAAUGUCUAUUUUAAAUCAAGACAACAACCAGAUGAAAUCCUAUAUAUUUUAGGAUAUUAAACAACGUAACCAAAAAUUCAAAUCUAUGCUAUCAGAACAAUAAAUUAAUUUAGUCAAUAGCUUAGAUUGUCUUGGAAUUACUUUACAAGCAUACCAGAAUCCUUCAAUUAAAUUUACAAUUAUACCAUAAUUGAUAUCAAUUAUUUAGUAAAACCAACCUAUUAUUACAGAUUCAGCAAAGAAGCUAUUAAAGACUUUAUUAAAAAGUCAUAAGGCAUUACUGGGUAGUGAAUACGAUUAUAGAUCAAUAAAAGAUAAAAUAUUUAUUGAAAAAAUUAAAAGCAAGACAGCCACAUAAAUAGUAUAAAAAUUGCAAAAGAUUUAAAGUACUAGACUCCCUUAGCUGUUUUAUGUUUUCAAUUAAGUACCAAAUGUUAUUUUUGACAUUCUCAGUGAAACCAUCAAUUAUAAAUAAUAUUCUCAACUUCUUUUGAGAUAUCUUUAGUUUUUGUAAAAUUGUUCAAAGGACAUCAAUGAAACACUUUCAUAAAUUGAAGAUAUUAAACAACUUUGGAAAUUAUCAAAUUAGAAUAUGUUUAAUAGAAUCUUUAUUGAUGAAUUAAUCAUUUUUUAGAAAAAUAAAAAAAGCGAAACAUUUGAAUAUGCUUGGGAUGUAUUUAUCAAGGACAAUAAUCAAUAACCAGAAAAAAUUGAAACUGAAUAUAUGGAAGAGAAGAGUAAAUUAGAACCAUUCUAUGAUUUUGAUGAAAUCCCAAUAGAAUAUGGAGAUGACUAUGAUCCAUAUGAAGCUAUAUUGUUAAGAUAAGAAAUUCAAAAAUAACAACCCAUAAUCACCUAAACAAAAAAAUGUAGAUAGAUUGCUUUUCCAACUCCAAAACCAACUUAAUCUCUCUUAGUUGAACAAUAUGAUUUAAUAAAAGCCUAUUCUUUAUGGCUUCAAAAAGGAAUCAAAGCUUAAAAUGAGUUGUAUCAAAAAGGUAAGAGAGAAUUCUAAUAUUUACUCCAAUUGUCAAAACAAUUUUACACUCUAGCCAAAUCGACUAAGAAUUUAAAUGUGGUAGUUGAUUAUUUAUAAAUGAUUGACUUCAAGGGCAAAGGAAUUUCAAGCAUCUUACUAUUGACUUAUAUAAAUGGAAAAAAUGUUAAUGAUGAAUUAUGGACGGUUUUUAAUUAGAAUUAGCUCUUUUUAGAUCUAUAAGUAUUAAUUAUUUUAAUAAUCUAGGUUAUAUAUGACGUGUUAAACAAUCUUGACAUAAGUGACUAGUAAUAAGGUCGUUUAAAGUAGAAGAAUUUGCCUUUGGAUAAAUUGAGGGAUAUAAUGAAAAGUGAGAUUGAAUCAUAAAUUUAAUUGUUAAUUGGAUUGAUGGAAAAGAAGAAUUAAUUGUUGUACCUCCAAAUUAUUAAGUACUUGUUGAAUGCAACAAAAAUCAAUGUAAAUGUUUUAUACAAUAUAUUAGAUACAAAUGGCAGAGAAGUUAUAGACAAAUCAAUGGACUGAAUUAAUUUGCUAAUUGAAAAUAAAUUAAUCUUCAAAGUAGAUUGCUUCAACCUAUUUAAAAUAAUUGUUAUAAUAAAUAAUUGCCAAACAAGAUUAUUUUUAUAUCAAGGAUAUAAAUUUAUAUAGAACUUAAUUGAGGGAAUUAAACAAAAAUUAGUCGCUUUAUAUUAAUAAGCAAUCAACUUAUCAGGCAUUAAAACGAAUUUUGAAAACCAGCAAGAAGAGACCGUAAUUUUGGAAGGAAUUUUGUGAUGAUAACGUCCUGAAAAUAAUAAAGUCUUUAAUAAAAUCAUAUCCAAAAGAGACCUUGGAAGUAAUUGAAAUUAUUAUUUGA